AUGGCGGGACUUUCACAACAAGAUCGCAACAUUAUCAAGAACCAUCCUCUAGCCAAAUUGGUCGAUCUCCUACGAGGCGCGCUUCAGGAAGCCGAAAAAGUCUAUGAGUCGUGUCUAAUUUAUGAUGGCGUUGAUGAGAGCCUUGACCAACUCUAUCGGAAUGUGAAAUCAAAAUUCCUCUCUGCUCUACAGGGAGAGGAUGCAGCUUACAGCCUUCGCUCGCGAAUGAGUAAUGGGACUAUGGUGUCUGAUCUAGCAGCAUACUUCGUCAGGCGUCUCCAAAAGGCACAAGGAAACUUCAAGUACGACGACUACCGGUCGCUUGUAUGCUUGGUCACCCCAGACAAUGAAAUCUACACACCAGUCAAAUUCACCUCAUCAUCACAGAAAGGCUCUGAGCAGACGCGUGAGUUGGUGGAUCUGAGAAUCUUUGAGGAGAUACAUGACUGCACAUUUCAAGAUGUUGAGGGCUUCUUUGACAAAUACUUUGAGGAGAAGGACUGGAGCAGCAACACAGAUGCCAUCUGUCAACACAUACUGGCCCCAGAUAGUGAUGGUAAUUGGGCUCACUUUCCCAACCCUCCUACACAGGAUGAUGUCCUUGCCUGGUGGUUUCAUCUUCAAGAAGACCUUCUCUCAGAAUCACACAGCAUCUACUACACCACAAUGAGUAAAGCAGAUCUUACUGGUGCAAAGGCAGAAUGGCAAGUCAACCUUCUUUUGACCAAGAUGGGAGUGUGGGUGUUUGACCACUCAGGCCCCUAUAGCUCAGGCAUCAUCAAUGUCUACACAGACUUGAGACAGUUCUUUCAGGUGCCUGUGGGCUACACCAUGAUGAGUGAUGAGGAGCUGGAACUGGACAUCUUUAUUAGUAGAGAUGAAGACAGCAGCAAAUAA